GGGGUCUUGCACAGUGGGGCAGGUGACAUCCGUGUUACAGGAAUGACUGCCAGGGCCUGGGCCUUGUGGCGUUCAGCCUUGCUCCUCCUGCUUGUCCCAGGCUGUUUUCUCUGAGAGCCCCCAGCACCGUGACAGCCCCGUGGGGGAUCCCUGAGCGUGCAGUGUUGCUAGCAGGAGAAACACAAGACUCUCAACAAAUACUGCAGACCACCACGGGUUCUCCGAUGUGACAGGGGAUUUGAGACCCAAGGGCCAGCAGGAGAAAUGAGCCGAGUGUCCAUCAGGGACAGUCCUGAAAACCUCAGCUUCACAGUGACCUUGGAGAACCUUACAGAGGAGGACGUAGGUACAUACUGUGGGGUGGGGCACUGGUUGCUCCAAGACCUUUAUGAUCCCUAUGUCCAGGUUGAGGUGACUGUUUCACCCACAGCCUCCAGGCCCCAGAGCUCCAUGGGCACCUCAGGUCCUCCCACGAAGCUGCCAGUGCACACCUGGCCCAGCGUGACCAGAAAGGACAGCCCUGAACCCAGCCCACACCCUGGGCAUCUCCUGUUCAGCAACGUUCCUCUGCUCCUGGUCCUCCUGGAGCUGCCCCUGCUCCUGAGCAUGCUGGGUGCCAUCCUCUGGGUGAACAGACCUCAGAGAAGCUCUAGAAGCAGUGACUGGCCCGUGGGCGAGAACCAGUAG